AUGGGUGGUUGUUUAAGCAAGAAGAGCACCAGUGCUUCUUCUCCUAAUGCACUUCUAAAGCCACCUGAAGAAGUUAAAUCUGAUACCCAAGUGGAGAAGAAGAAGGCAGAAGAAGAAACUGUAAAGAAAGAGAUUUUUAUCAUAAAACACAGGAAGAGCCAUGAAAUCGAAAGGCGGUUUGAAGAUGAAGAAAACAAAGCCAAGAAUGGUGAAUUGGUGAAUAGUUAUGGGAUUAUGGGAGCAGCACCAGUGAGGACUUCAAGUUGCACAAAAGAAGAGUUGGAUGCCAUUUUAAUACAAUGUGGUAGGCUUAGCCGGAGUUCAUCUACAGGGAAGGCUGCAAUUUCGGGUUCCGUUGGAUCGUCUGAAAAUGGUAUUAGUAAUCUUCAGAACGGGAGAAAAUGUAUUGGUUCUAAGAGGAGUUUUGAUUUUGACAAUGAGAAUGGUAGGGAGGGACAAAGUACUGAUGAUAAAAAUGUUGUUAAUGGUGAUGAUAGUGGAAUGGUAGGAGAGAGAGAGAGCCGCCAUAGACGCCGGCCCAGCCAGGCCGCGGAGGCUGGGUCCUCAUCUCAGGGGGGGAGGAGGAGGAGGACGCCGAGUAGAGAAAGGAACCAGGCGGAGCAGAAGCCACGAUCGGGCAGUAGAGAAAGAGACGGCAGUGGCAGUGGUGGAAGGAGGGUCAGUAGAUCUCCUGGUCGAAGAUCUGAAUCUCCAAUUACUAGUUCUAGUUGUGUUAAUUCCUCGUCUGCCAAUGCGAAUGGUGAUAGAGGCAGCCGGCCUGGUAAAAUGGUUUCGGUGCCUGCUACUGUUUCGCCUUUGGCGAUGGAUAAGAGUAAUAAUGCUGGUGGUGGUGAGCCUAAUUCAACUACUGCUGUUAAAAGGAUCCAAGUGAAGAGGAAUGUGGGUGUUGAUGGAGCUGCUGGUUCGAGGGCUAGUGCAUCUCCUCGUACGCAAUCCCCAGCAAGGGCAAAUGCUCGAGUUUGUAAUGAGAAUCAGAACAUUAAUUCGGGUCAGAACCAACAGCAGCUAGUGUCCUUGAGCCGAAGCAAUUCAAGGAAGGCAGAGCAUUCUCCUUACAGAAGAAAUCCCCUCGGUGAAAUCGACACCAAUGUCAUUGCGGAACACAUGCCCUCUUCGCCUGGAAUUAAGACAAAGAACAACAUUCUGUCACAGGCUCCUGUGCAGAAGCCAAAUGCUGAUAAUAACAGAAGGGCAAAGUACAAACCUGAUAACAGUUUAACGAAUGUGAAUUGCAAAGCCAAGGAGAGGCCACAGCUGAUGGCUGAAGAAACUACAGGAGCAUAUGGACUUGCAAGUAGUGUUGCACUGAAUGUCGUUACUUCAGGAACCGAACAACUCAAACCCCUUGCGAAAACUAGAAGCAGAUCCUCUAGGUUAUCUCGAGACCUCGACAUCAAACUUGAAGAGCUGUCUAAUCCUACUCCAUCCUAUACUGCACUAUUGCUAGAAGACAUUCAUAACUUCCACCAAACAAAUAAUACGCCCCCUACCUUUUCUCUCCCACCAUGUUUGACUAAAGCCUGUUCUAUCCUUGAAGCAGUUGCUGACCUCAACUCCACUACUAGUUCAAAUUUGUCCAGUACUUUCUCAGACGAAAGAAGAAGAAACCCAGUAUCAGAGAACUUUACUAAGCGUGAUGGAAAGGACCCCAUUGUAAAAUCAAAGGUGGCUCUUUAUGAUGAUUUAAUGGAGCCAAGCUUUCAAAAAUAUGUGACUGUGAGGGAUACUGUGGGAGGAGAAUCAGAACAGCAGGAAUCCUCUGGCAGCAACAGUUUUAUUAGCAGUGAACGACACCAGGAUUCUUCUUCGUGGGAACCUAAUUCAGCUGAUUCAACUGACGGCUGGAAUUCCUCCAGGUCUAAUAGCAGGCAGACUGAUCGAAGUCCACUGGGAUUUCAGAGGCAUGCCCUAUCUGAAACUACCCAAGAUGUCGACUUUACUGGAAAAAACCUGAGCACAAAGAUGGAUUUUGAUUGUCCAAUGAAAUUGGAAGGAAAGGUCACAUAA